AUGGGCUUAGACUGGAGCAGCGCCGAGGAGCGGGAGCCCCUCCUGCCGCCGCCGCCGCCGGCCGCGUUCCCCCCGCCGGCCGCGCGCCCCCCGCCGGCGCCGCUCCGGAGGCCUCCUCGGCCGGCCGGGCCGCCGCGCCUGGCUCCGGCGGCCGGGCGCGUGUCCGGGCGGCGCUGGCUGGUGCUGCUGCUGUUCUCGCUGCUGAGCUUCGCGCAGGGCCUGGUGUGGAACACGUGGGGCCCCAUCCAGAGCUCGGCCCGCCGCGCCUUCGCCUUCUCCGGCAUGGACAUCGCGCUGCUCGUCUUCUGGGGGCCCAUCGGCUUCGCGCCCUGCUUCGCCUUCAUGUGGCUCAUGGACAAGAAGGGCCUGAGAGUAACUGUGUUGUUAACAUCAUCCCUCAUGGUGUUAGGAGCUGGUCUGAGAUGUGUACCUGUGACAGACCAAACAACAAGGAAAUGGCUGAUUCAUGGAGGGCAACUGUUGAAUGGAUUGGCAGGCCCAACUGUAACAAGUGCUGCUCCAUUCCUCUCCACAACAUGGUUUUCACCAGAUGAGCGUGCCACUGCUACAGCUAUAGCUUCAUUGAUUAGUUACCUUGGUGGAGCCUUUUCCUUUUUAGUAGGACCCCUGGUGGUUCCAGGGCCGAAUGGGUCGUCAACACCUCCACUUGCUUCUGAGAGCAGCCCCGAGUAUAUCAAGGACCGCAUUGAGGCUGUGCUAUAUGCAGAAUUUGGCAUUGUGGCUUUGAUAUUCUCUGCAGCGCUAGCCUACUUCCCGUCACGUCCUCCGUUUCCUCCCAGUGUCGCUGCAGCUAGCCAGAGGCUCAGCUACAGAAGAAGUUUUUGUAGGUUACUAAGCAAUCCCAGGUUCCUUAUGAUUGCUCUAGCUUAUGCUAUACCAUUGGGUGUUUUCUCUGGUUGGUCUGGAGUUCUUGACUGGAUAUUAACCCCAGCUCAUGUGAGCCAGGUGGAUGCAGGUUGGAUUGGAUUCUGGUCCAUUUUAGGAGGCUGUGUUUUUGGCAUAGCAUUGGCAAGGUUUGCAGAUUUCAUCAGAGGAAUGCUGAAACUUAUACUUAUCCUCUUACUGUCAGGGGCAACUCUAGCUUCCAUCUGGUUCACUUUGACAUGUGUAACCACUGUCAUUCACCUGCCUUUAACUACAGCCACAUUGUACACAUCCUGCAUUUUGCUGGGCGUCUUCUUGAACAGCAGCGUACCUAUAUUCUUUGAACUUUUUGUGGAAACAGUCUACCCUGUUCCAGAAGGGAUCACCUGUGGCGUAGUCACUUUUCUAAGUAACAUCUUCAUGGGAGUCCUUUUGUUUUUUCUUACUUUUUACCAUGAAGAAUUCUCCUGGUUUAACUGGUGUCUCCCAGGAUCCUGCCUGCUAAGUCUUCUUCUCAUCCUUUGCUUCAGGGAAUCCUAUGAUAGACUUUAUCUUGAUGUUGUGGUCUCCGUUUGAUAGCACAAAACAGAGGAGCUCAAGAAGAGGAUGGAAUUCAGAAUGGUGCUCCGUACAU